UAUGGCAAUGGGAAGUGAGAUUUUGAGAAAGGAAGUACUUCCCUUUGUGGCAAUGAUAGUAGAGGCGUGUAUGCUGAAUGCAAAAGCCACAAUAUCCAAAGCAGCCCUCAACUCCGGGUUGAGCUCUCUUAUAUUCGUCGUUUACUACAAUUCCCUUGGCUCUCUCCUUCUUCUUCCCGGAUUCAUCAUCCAGAGGCACAGAAGAAAUGCACUAGCUCUGACCUUGUCUAUGCUGAGAAGAUGUUUCAUCCUUGGCGUGCUCGGGACAUGUACGGUGAUUUUGGGUACCCUAGGGCUCAACUAUAGCUCUCCUACUCUCUUUGCAGGCAUUAGUAACUUGAUGCCUGGUUUUACAUUUGUUCUUGCCAUGAUUUUCAGGAUGGAGAAGUUUGAGGUGAAGAGAAGAACAUGGCAAGCAAAAUCAGUAGGCACAAUUGUGUCAAUCAUAGGGGCAUCUGUCAUGACUCUAUAUCAAGGACCAACAAUCUUGGGAUCAUCAUCUUCUUCAAUUUCUGAUUUGCCUCAGCACUCUCUUCUGUCACAAGAUUCCUCAAGGUGGGUGGUGGGAGGUGUUAUGAUUGUAGCCUCAUACGUUGUUGCAUCUGGUUGGUACAUUCUUAAGACAGCUAUACUAAAGGAUUACCCAGAACAGAUUACAAUAGUGUUCUUCAGUACUUUCUUUUCUAGCAUCCAAUGUGCAAUUGUCACACUAUUCCUAGAAAGGAAGCUAGAUGCUUGGAAGUUGCAGCCUGGCAUUGGAAUGAUUGCCAUUGUUGCUUCUGCGGUUUUAGAGCCUGUUUGUGUCAACAAUAUUGCUGCCUUCUGCUUGGUGAUGAAGGGUCCUCUGUACGUUGCCAUGUUCAAACCACUGGGAGUUGUCAUUGCAGCAAUUAUGAACCUCAUUUUUCUUGCAGAGGCCCUUCAUUUGGGCAGUAUUGUUGGAUCAAUAAUCAUUAGUGUUGGAUUCUACGUGGUGAUGUGGGGCAUGUUGAGAGAGGCAACGGAUAUUAUUUUAUGCGAAACUACUGCACCUGCCACUGCCAAUCAAACAUCCCCUCUGCUACAAAAGUAAACCUAGUCCUACUGAUUGUGUACCUCAUACUAUAGAUAAUAGAUUCCAUUAAAUUAGCUAGUGAUGAUACCAUCCCAAUUCAAAACUGCUUUAUUUAUCUUUCCUUAACCUUAUUAUUAUUUCUGGUGAAAAACAUAAUGUGGUAGUUCGAUCUAGAGAUGAAAUAGGAAUCAUAAAGCCAAUAAAGUACAAAGUUCUAAUAGGAUCCCCUCAAGUUUAAGGUUCUCUAGAGAGAACAUUUAGCUUGUCCUAUAGAAGAUUAUUGAAUAUAGCAGUGGUGAGUAGUUUGGUGAAGAUGUCUACAAGUUGGUCCUUUGUAGAGAUAUAAUUCAUUCGUAACUCCUAUGAUGCUACUUUGUCAUGAACAAAUGAUAUUUUGUACGCGUAUGCAACUGAAAGUGUCCAAAGUGUAGUGAGACUGGUUGGUUGCUACCAAAGUGCAGAAA